GGAGAGAGAGAAAGCUUAGCAAGCAUUGAUGAAGAGCACUUUUUAAAUAUUGCACGCAUCCACAUAAACAGCAUCAGAGAAAAAAGAAAGAAAAGUGAUUUAAGGGAAAAAAAGUAGAGGCGCCAAUUACAAGCUUUGAGCUUUGCAUGUGUUUCUUUCUAUCUUCCGUACAUUUAACCUCUGAACAUAACCUCUCUCUCUCCUUCUUCUUUUGUUGUCUUCCGGUUCUUGAGAUCUCUCUCUCUUCGUCUUGUUCUUUUUACUGUGCGUUGAGGCGAUGCCCUUAUCUUUUGAAAGAUUUCAAGGGGAGGGGGUGUUUGGUGUUGUUUCUUCUCUCUAUUCAGAUCCUCAGAAAAUCUGGUUUAAUCAAGACAAAACCGGAGCAGAACAAGAUCUUGGUUAUGUCGUCGGUGGUGUUUUACCGGAGCCGACGUCUGUUCUCGACGCUUUAAGGAGUCCUAGCCCUCUCGCUUCUCACUCUUCAACCACCACCACCACCACCACCACCACCAUGACUCUCUCUUCCUCUCACGGCGGUGGUACCGUCACCGCCACCGCAACCGCCGUUGACGAUAAAUGUAGUCAAAUCGGUCUAGAUGAUCUCGACGGAGGUCAGGAACAGAGCAUCUUAAGGCUUAUCAUGGACCCGGGUUCAGGUUUCGGUGUUUUCGACCCGGGUUUCGGAUUCGGAUCCGGGUCUGUCCCGGUGAAUCCUUUGUUAUCGAGUAGCUUCCCUUAUCAAGAAGAGUUGACGUUCUCGAACCCACCGUCAUCUCCGCCGGCGAAACGGUUCAAUUCGGGAUCUCAUCAACCCGUUUUCCCAUUUCCGGAUCCGGGUCACGACCCGUUUCUCGUCCGCCGUCAACAGCAAUUCCAGUUUCCGUUUCAGUUUCACCAGCAACAACUCCCGUCGUCUUCCUCGUCUUUGGCUCCUGUUCCGCCGCCGGGAACGGCCGGCGAUGACCAAACAGUCAUCAUCGAGCAGCUGUUCAACGCGGCGGAGCUAAUCGGGAACAAUAACAACAACGGCGACCACACCGCUCUCGCGCAAGGGAUAUUGGCGCGGCUCAAUCACCAUCUCAGCUACAGCAACAACAACAACAACAAGAACCCUCCGUUUCAGAGAGCGGCUUCUCACAUAACCGAAGCUCUCCUCUCACUCAUCAACAACGCAUCCCCACCGUUAAUCUCACCAGAGAAUAUGAUCCUUCGAAUCGCUGCGUACAGAACAUUCUCCGAAACGUCGCCGUUUCUUCAAUUCGUCAACUUCACAGCGAACCAAUCGAUUCUUGAGUCAUGCAACGACGAGCUAGGGUUUGAUCGGAUCCACAUUAUCGACUUCGACGUUGGAUACGGAGGACAAUGGUCGUCGUUGAUGCAAGAGCUCGCUUCAAGGAGAAGAAACAGAGCAUCGUCUCUGAAAAUAACGGUCUUCGCUCCUCCUCCGUCGACGGUGUCCGACGAGUUCGAGCUUAGAUUCACGGAGGAGAAUCUCAGAAGCUUCGCCGGAGAAGUCAAGAUUCCGUUUGAGAUCGAGCUGUUGAGCCUCGAGCUUCUUCUGAACCCAGCUUAUUGGCCUGUCUCUCUCCGUUCGUUGGAGAAAGAAGCUGUUGCGGUGAAUCUUCCCGUUAACUCCGUUGUGUCCGGUUACCUUCCGUUCAUCCUCCGUUUCCUUAAACAGAUCUCUCCAAACGUCGUCGUUUGUUCAGACAGAGGAUGUGACCGUAACGACGCGCCGUUUCCUAACGCUGUGAUCCACGCGCUUCAGUACCACACCACUCUGCUCGAGUCUCUCGAUGCUAAUCAAAGCCAAGAGGAUGAGAGCGUUGAGAGGUUUUGGGUGCAGCCGUCGAUUGAGAAGCUGUUGAUGAAACGACACCGUUGGAUUGAAAGAUCACAGCCGUGGAGAAGCUUGUUUACACAAUGUGGGUUUUCUCCGGCGAGUUUGAGUCAGACUGCGGAGGCUCAGGCGGAGUGUUUGUUGCAGAGGAGUCCGGUCAGAGGGUUUCAUGUUGAGAAAAGACAUGGUUCACUUGUUAUGUGUUGGCAAAGGAAAGAACUCGUUACUGUCUCUGCUUGGAAGUGUUAGAAGAAAGCAAAUGAAUCUAAUGUUUUUCUUUUUAUGAUUUAAUUCUCUUUGAAUGUUGUUAUGUUGUUCAGUGAUGUUCUUAGUUUCAACUUUGAUGUUAACAUUUUAAGAAAGUAAGGAUAUAUAUAAUCAAAAAUCUCCUUUUGUUAGAUUUUA